AUGCCUGCACCGGGAGACAAUGCCACCGACGCGAUUCUCAAUGGCAUUCACUUCAAUACCGCCGUUCUCCGCCGCUUCAAUUACACAUAUUACUCCAACGGGACGCUCUCCAACGCGAGCUUCUGCUGGCUAGUAUUUGACGCCUACCGUCCUCGAAUGGACAUCAAUGGCUCCGUGAUCAACGGCACUUCGUGCUACUCCCCCAUCGUUGACAUCCAAGUCCACGCCAAGCUAGGUAUAACCUUUGCCGUCCUUUUCGCCGCCUCUAUCAUCAUCACCCUUCUCAAUCUGCGGAAGCAUGGCAAGAUCCAUCUACCACGCGAAAAGCGCUGGCCAACGUAUAGCCGUCGCUUGGUGUGGUGUUGGCUGGUGAUUGCAGGUAUCUGCGGGGUUGUCAGCGGGUUUAUGAGUAUUGAUGUGGAUCGAUACUAUAUACAGAGCCUGCCUCUUAUCCUGCAGAGUUUGUUCUACUAUCUCAUGCUACCGCCGCUACUAGCUGCCGUAUGGGAAGAUGUACGGCAUUGGGCAUGCUGGGAAGAGAGACAGAUUUACGACCGCAACCCAGGCGAUCUGCCCGUCGAGACUAGUCGAGAGGACCAGGAAUCCUGGCUGCCAGUGCUGUUCUAUAUCUUCGCAUGGAUGAACCUCUUGCUCGCUGUGCCGCGAAGCUGGACUGCAAUUCAACUGCAGCGCAGCCCGGAGCAGCAGGAAACCGGGGCAAGACCAACGGCCACUGAUGCGCGAUUCAAAAGCGCAGCUUUUAUGGCGCUUUGUGCGUUGUUGGUGAUAUGCUACAGUCUAGGCCAUAGUAUUUAUCGGUACCGUCUAGGCGUGAGAAGAUACGAUAUCAUUGGCGGGAUAUUGCACGGGAUCAGAGUGCUGCCAGUUAAAUACAAGCUGAUAAUAACGACUCUGGCGGUAAAGGUCGUGUAUACCAUUGCAUUUGCAUACGACUGGACUAUUUCACCAUUCAAGUACAACGCGCACGCCGGUUGGGUUUUCGGGGUUGGCUAUUUUCCUGUGCUAUUGAUAAUGGUUAUUUUCAAUAUCUUCGGCUUUGCAGAGCCGAAUGAAGACCAUGCGAGACGACGCCGGCCAUCAGGACCCCCAUGUCACGGGCAUAGACGGAAGUCUGGAUGGUGGAAAACCGCGCGUGUCGAGUAUCGAGAUUACAGUUUAGAUAAUGAAAGGCUUGAGAAUUCGGCGGCGAUUGGAACAAGGCAGCUUGAUGUUGAUGUUGAGCUUCUUGCUACCGUCAAGGCGGGUAGAGAUAGCAACACGCGCGCGGUUUCCGCCAUCGAAGAGCAUUCUUAG